GCGUGUUGUGUUAACAGCUUGUUCCCUCUCCGCCAUCUUCAUCAGUCGGUCUCACGAGAAGUGGUCGGUAGCCUUAAACUGGGUCACUUUGAAAGGCGCUCGAUUCCGUCAUUAUCUACACAGAUAUUCGGCAACAAAAAAAAAAAAGAAAACUCGAUUUAAUUUAGCGAGACAUCAAGACUACGGAAGACGAUGUCUAACGAGCAGGCCGAAAACACCGUCGAGAAAGUGGGCCAGCAGCCUGCACCGCAGCAGCAGCAGCAGCAGCAGCAGGGAGAAGUGAAUGGGAAAGCCAAGCAUGAGCCCAAUGCAAGCAGAAAGGAGAGGCCGCAGAAGAGAGGUGGAGGCGGGCGUUUUGAACCCUACGGACACGUGAACAGAAGAUACCGUGUUUUUGUCAGCAACAUCCCAUAUGAUGUGAAAUGGCAAGCCCUGAAGGAUCUGAUGAAAGAGAAAGUGGGUGAUGUAACGUACGUGGAACACUUAAUGGACGCAGAAGGCAAAUCGAGGGGUUGUGCUGUGGUUGAGUUUAGGAGUGAAGAGCUUAUGAAGAAAGCGGUGGAAAAGGUCAACAAGCACAAUCUCAACGGAAGACCCCUCAAAGUGAAAGAGGACCCUGAUGGUGUGAUAGCUCAGAGAGAAAUCAACAAGGCCCAAGGCGGGGGCCCACCAGGAGGCCACGGAGGAAUGGGUGGAAUGGGCGGAAUGGGAGGCAUGGGUGGAAUGGAUCGUAUGAAUAUGGAUCGAAUGGGCCCUGGACCUAAUGGUUCCAUGGUCAACAUCCCUCCGAGUCUAAUGAACAACCCCAACAUCCCCAAUGAGAUCAUCCAUGGUCUUCAGGCUGGCAGGAUUGGCAGCACUGUGUUUGUAGCUAAUCUUGACUACAAAGUGGGCUGGAAGAAGCUGAAAGAGGUCUUCGGCAUGGCUGGCAUGGUGGUGAGAGCAGAUAUCCUGGAGGACAAGGAUGGGAAAAGCAGAGGCAUGGGCACAGUAACAUUCGACAUGCCCCUUGAAGCCGUCCAGGCUGUGUCUAUGUUCAAUGGACAGCUGUUAUUCAACAGACUCAUGCACGUCAAACUGGAUGAAAAAUCCAUGCCUAAAGAUUUUGGACCACCUGACAGAGCUGCAGCUCUUCCCCGUGGCCUGAGUGGCAUUGGUUUGGGCUUGGGACCAGGUGGCCAACCCAUUGAUGCAGCCCAACUGAACAGGGGAGGUGGUGGUGGUGGUGGAGGAGGAGGUGGUGGAGGAGGAAUGGGUAACAUGGGCCCUGGAGGAAUGGAUGGAAUGGGAUUUGGCAACAUGGGAGGUCGUAUGGGUGGAGGAGGGAUGGACAACUUUGGAGGAAUGAACAACAUGGAUCGUUUCGGUUCUUCUGGGAUGAGCAGAAUGAACGAGAUGGACCGUGGAAUUGGUGGUGCUUUUGACAGGGAGUUUGGGCGAAAUGAAAUGGGAAUGUCUCGCAAUAAUUUUGGAGAGUCCUUUGAAAGAGGCAUGGGAAACAACAUGAGUAUGGACCGCAUGAGUUCUGGAAUGGACCGCAUGGGAAGCAGCAUGGACCGCAUGGGAGGGAUGGACCGGAUGGGCAUGGACAGGAUGGACCGCGUGUCUGACCUAGACAGGCUGGGAACAGGCUUUGACCGGAUGGGCUCUGGGAUGGACCGGAUGGCGCCCAGUAUGGACAGGCUCGGACCUGGCCUGGACCGUAUGAACUCCAGCAUGGACCGCCUUGGCCCAGCUGGGUUUGACCGCCUAGGCCCGUCUAGUCUGGAUCGCAUGGGCUCUGGCAUGGACUUUGGCUCCCCGAUGGGAAUGGAUCGCAUGGGCAACACCGGGCUUGACCGAAUGAGCAGCAGUUUUGACCGCAUAGGCUCAACUGGAGGACUUGACCGCUUUCCGUCCGGUGGUCUCGACCGAAUGGGCUCUGGCAUGGAUCGUAUGGGGGCUGGAGGUGUUGGCGGUCAGUUUGAUCGCUCUGCUGACAUGGAUCGUGGAUUUGGUGGGAAUUCCUUUGGAGGAGCUGGAGCGUCUGGAACUGGGGGAAGCAAUAUCAGGAAGGGGUGCCAGAUCUUUGUCAGAAAUCUGCCAUUUGACUUUGGCUGGAAGAUGCUGAAGGAAACCUUUAACACUUGUGGCAUAGUGCAGUAUGCAGAUAUCAAGAUGGAAAAUGGCAAGUCCAAGGGCUGUGGUGUGGUUCGCUUUGACAACCCUGAAACUGCUGAGCGUGCCUGCAGGACCAUGAAUGGCUAUCGCCUGAACGGAAGAGAGAUUGAUGUUAGGAUUGAUAGGAAUGCAUAAGUUAUUUGUCUGUUAACAUUUGAUCUUUCGUUUAGUCUAUAAUGUCAAAAACGCUCUGUAUCAUCUGAAUUGCUAUUUAGCGUAUUCAUACUGUAUUCAUAUUCACUUGGUUUGUUAUGUGUAACAGUGAAACUGUCGCUGAGGUUAGUACUUUGUAACUGAUGGUGUUUUAGUUCUUGCUUAAAUUUUACUUUUUUUAGAGACCAAAUUUUAAUUUGUUUUUUCUUGUAAUGCUUCAACUGUCAUUGCCUUUGCUCUCUAAGGUGGUUUUGAUAAAUAAACCUCAAUAUUUGAA